AUGGGGGACGACGUCACCGCCACGGGGAACAUCGUCGAGGGAUCAACGUCCGUCGGCGCGGCCGCGGGAGCUCCGCCGGGCGUUCCCGGGAGCGGCGGAGGAGGCUUCAAGAUUCCCAAGGUUGCCUCGUCCCAACCGCCCGGCGCACCGCCGGCGGGAGGCGGCUCCGCCGCCUCCCCGGAGGCCGGUGCCCCCGCGCCGCCGCCGCGUCCUCCUUCAGAUGAUCCAUCGCACCCUCCGCGGGAGGACCCUCCGCGGGACGACCGAUACGACCGCGGGCCGUCAGGCGCCACCGCCACCGCCGCCGCCGCCGACGACGAAGACAGGAAGCGCCGUACGCACAAGGGCACGCGCAGGCACAGGCACAUGCUCGUGCUGGACCUCAACGGCCUCCUCGUCGACCGACGCAUGUCCCCGUUCGAGAACCCCGUCGACGGCACCAAGGUGGCGCCCGACGCCAAGUUUGGCAAGUUUUACAUCUACAAUCGCCCGCACAUGCAGAGCUUCGUGGAGUGGGCGUCGGAACACUUCACCGUCGGGGUGUGGUCCUCCGCGCAGCACCACAACGCGCGGACGCUGGUGAACCACAUAUGGGGCAAGCAACGCGACCGACUGGCGUUCGUGUGGGGCCAGGACAGGUGCACGCACGUCGGCGCCAUGGACCCCGCCGCCACCGGCCCAAACCACCGAUCCAAACCAAUCUUACUCAAAGACUUGAACGCGCUGUGGGCCGUGUCAUCGUACGCGAGGUUCGGACCGAACAACACCCUGCUCCUGGACGACUCCCCGUACAAGGCGGUGAUGAACCCGGCGCACACGGCGAUACACCCGGCGGAGUACAAGCUGAGCUGGGGCGCGGACGGACUGACCGGACGCGGUGACGAGUCGGACUUGACCAAUCGCCAAAAAAUCGCCGACGAGUUGCUCGGCCCGGGCGGCGCGCUUCGAGAGUAUCUCGCCAAACUGAGCGAAUGCGAGACGGUGACGGAGUACGUCGCGUCCAAUCCGUGGCACUCGUUUGGUCCCGCCGCGCCCGACAGCGACCCGGGGUUGAUGGCCAAGGCGCGGGAGGGUGGCGAGGCUGUCGCGGCGGCGGCGGCGGCGGCGGCGACGGCGGGGAUCGACGCGAACGAGAUUGACCUCGGGGAGUUUUCCGACCUUUCCGAAGGACGGGAAGAGGCGAAGGGAAAGGACCGGAUCGAUCCGGAAGGGUGGGGCGGGUCCGGCGACGAGGCCGAAGGCGACGCGCGGUCGAACGGCGGGGUGGGAGCCAAACGAGAGGCGCCCGAGGCGGCUGGGACGAACACCGAUUCACAGCUGUUCCAAAAACCGGCGAAAAAACCCAAGCGGGUGUUCACGGGAUCCGGCGCCUCGCUCUUCAUCCGCCGGUGGGCGUGGAAGCGCGAGGCCAAGACGGACGAGGAACGCUUCGUCCUCCCGUACGAACACGACUGGCUCGGGACGAAGAUGUCGUUCGCGCAGAGGAGGUUCGACGACGGCGGCGCGUCCGGCGGUUUCGCGUCCACCGUCUGGGACUCGUCCAUCGUCCUCGCCAAGUACGUGGAGAAGCACCGGGGUUCGUUCGCGAACAAACGGGUGUGCGAGCUGGGCGCGGGGUGCGGGGUGGUGAGCGCCGCGCUAGUCAAGGCUGGGUGCGCGAGGGUCGUCGCGACGGACUUGCCGGAGAACCUUCCGCUGCUGCGGGAAAACAUGGAGCGGAACUGCGGCGAGAACGGCGAGAACGGCGAGGGCGCGAGGUGGGAGGUGAAGGCGCUCACCUGGGGCCCCGACGCGGCGGUCGCGCUCGGAGAGACGUUCGACGUCGUCGUCGCCGCGGACUGCAUGUACAUCGCGGAGGCUGCGAGCGAUUUGGUGGACACCCUCGCGGCGUUGGUGCCGGCGGGGGGCGAAGCAGCCGGGCCGGGGAGCCUGCCGCCGGCGCUGAUGAGCUACGGCAGGAAUCGACAGGCGGAGGGCGAGUUCCUCGCCGCCUGCGACGGGGCCAAGUCGGGGAAGGCGAGGACGCUGACGAUCGAGGACGUCGCGGAGUCGGAGCUCGACGAGCUGUAUCAGUGCUCGGACGUGAGGGUGGUCAACGUGGCGAUGCGCUGA